AUGGCUCUCGUCCGCACCUUCGUCGGCACGUUCCUGGCCAACGUGGUGUUUUAUAACAAGGCCGUGACGAGCUUCUUAGCGGGGACGGUGGUGGGGAUAUACGUCGGACAGAAUUACGACGUGCCGAAUGUAGAAGAGAACGCGCGCAAAGUCCUUGCAUAUGCUCAAGAAUUACAUGACAGGUACCGCAGGCAGCCGUAA